CGGACAGCACAAGAAGGAGAGACUGACAACAGAAAGUAGCUACUGCGCUGAAGGGGACUACAGUAUUGCUGUGUUGAGGAAAGACUGACAACAGAAAGUAGCCACUGCUCUGAAGGGGACUACAGUAUUGCUGUGUUGAGGAGAGAGUGGUACCCUACACUAUCCUGUGCUACUGUUGCUGCUACGGCCAUGGGGACCAGGGUCCUGCUUCUCUCCAUCUUAAUGAUUUCUUUCAACUGGUCCAGGGGGGCUGUCAUCACUGGGGCGUGUGAUCGAGAUGUUCAGUGUGGGUUUGGUCUAUGCUGUGCUGUCAGUCUGUGGCUUAGGGGACUGCGGAUGUGUAUACCACGAGGGGAAGAGGGGGAUGAGUGCCACCCCUUCAGUCACAAGGUGCCCUAUCCAGGAAAACGACAGCAUCACACCUGUCCAUGUCUUCCUCACUUGGUCUGUACCAGCUACACAGGUAGCACAUACAGGUGUACCAAAGACUUCAAAAACCUAGACUUUUGAUGACAGAGGAGGAAGAAGAGGAGAGAGAAGAAGAGGAGAACGAUGGGGAUGACCUUCACUCUCUUUCCUUUACUUAGUUCCUCAAUCACACAUGACCUUCACUCUCUUCCCUUUACUUAGUCUCUCAAUCACACAUGACCUUCACCCUCUUCCAUUUACUUAGUUCCUCAAUCACACAUGACCUUCACUCUCUUCCCUUUACUUAGUUCCUCAAUCACACAUGACCUUCACUCUCUUCCCUUUACUUAGUUCCUCAAUCACACAUGACCUUCACCCUCUUCCAUUUACUUAGUUCCUCAAUCACACAUGACCUUCACUCUCUUCCCUUUACUUAGUUCCUCAAUCACACAUGACCUUCACUCUCUUCCCUUUACUUAGUCUCUCAAUCACACAUGACCUUCACUCUCUUCCCUUUACUUAGUUCCUCAAUCACACAUGACCUUCACUCUCUUCCCUUUACUUAGUUCCUCAAUCACACAUGACCUUCACCCUCUUCCAUUUACUUAGUUCCUCAAUCACACAUGACCUUCACUCUCUUCCCUUUACUUAGUUCCUCAAUCACACAUGACCUUCACCCUCUUCCAUUUACUUAGUUCCUCAAUCACACAUGACCUUCACUCUCUUUCCUUUACUUAGUUCCUCAAUCACACAUGACCUUCACUCUCUUCCCUUUACUUAGUCUCUCAAUCACACAUGACCUUCACUCUCUUCCCUUUACUUAGUCUCUCAAUCACACAUCACCUUCACACUCUUCCCUUUACUUUGUCUUUGUUCUAUGUACUAUACUGUUAUAUAUUCAUGAGGAUAUAACAUCUGUAAAUACACCUCACUGUGCCCCACUGGCCACCAAAGACAUGCCAAUACAAUAUAUACAUGCUAAACUGUGCCAAGAAAGAUACAUAGCAACAAUUUUUUUUUAAGUAUGUACCAAUUGCAGACUGUAGUUUUAAUACACAGGCCUGUCAAAAGCUUGAUGCAAAUCACAAUAAUUGACUGUUUAAUUCAUAUGUAUGUUUUUAUUUAUUAUCAACAUUUUUGCAAAUUAAACUCACUGUAUCAUACCACUGGAUCAUACCACUGUAUCAAACCACUGUGGAAAAACAUAUACCUACACUGUGUGUUGUGUCUGUUGUUGUUAUGUAAGUAAUUAUGUAAGUUAUAUAUACUGAACAAAAAUAUAAACUCAACAUGCAACAAUUUCAAUGACUUUACUGAGUUACAGUUCAUAUAACUAAUUCAGACAAUUUAAAUAAAUAAAUUAGGCCCUGGUUGGGCCUGGGAGGGCAUAGACACACCCACUGGGGAGCCAGGCCCAGCCAAUCAGAAUGAGUUUUUCCCCACAAAAGGGUUUAAUUACAGACAGAAUACUCCUCAGUUUCAUCAGCUGUCCGGGUGGCUGGUCUCAGACAAAGCCACAUGUGGAGGUCCUGGGCUGGAGUGGUUACACGUGGUCAGCGGUUGUGAGGACGGUUGGCUGUACUGCCAAAUUCUCGAAAACGACAUUGGAGGUGGCUUAUGGUAGAAAAAUUAACAUUUAAUUCUCUGGCAAUAGUUCUGGUGGACAUACCUGCAGUCAGCAUGCCAAUUGCACGCUCCCUCAAAACUUGUGGCAUUGUGUUGUGUGACAAAACGGCACAUUUUAGA